AUGAAGCUCGGACACUUACUCGAAGCGACUCUCCUGGCCACCCUCGUGAGCGCCGAUAAGUGGACAAGAUACACGGACGACUACUAUGCUGCAAUCGGCUGCAAGCUGGCCGUCGACAAGAGUGCAGAUUUCUGUGGCACCCCAGAACUAGCCAAGAAGUACAAGUGCAUUUGCAAAAACAAGUACGCCAUGGCGUCCUGGGCAUACUGCGCUUCGGCCUUCCCAGAGGUGGACCAGUCCGGCUUCAACGAGCAGAUCGUGGAAAUGUGCCAAGAAAACGCAAACCAGACUUGGACAUCGGACCAGAUCAAAGCCAACCUCGUCAAGUACAACUCCACCAUCGUCAACAUCGAAUCUGACUCCUCCUUCAACAAAACAAGCCCUCAGUUUGCUGUCACCGGCAAAAAACUCAAGAAACUUGCAUACACCAACUUCAUCUCCUACAAGCACAGAUGGGACAACGUCAACAAUUCCCACUACAUGGGUAUUGCCUUUGUCUCUGCAGUCGGUGCAGUCACCCUUUUGGCUGGUCUCAUCAACUGGUCCCUCAGACUGUCCCGUCGUUACUCAAACGCUGUUGUCGGUAGAGUGCCUAACUUCUUCAGAAAGUACUUCACUCUCGGUUUGAUUGGCAACCAUCUACAUGUGAACAAGCUGCAAGGUAUAAACCCUGAUAGAAUCGAAGCAUUUUUCAUCUUCAUUAUGUUCCUAUACUCCAUCUUAUGCUGCACGAUCAUUGGGUUCAACUACUACCCUGGAGACACUGUAUUUGCAACCUAUCAAGCUGGUACCUCAAGAUACUAUGGUGACAGAGCGUGUAUCAUGCUUUCCUACCAAAUGCCUCUUUUGUUCAUCUUCCCAGGUAGAAACAACUUUUUCCAGUACAUCACUAGAUGGAAAUACAGUAGGUUUGUCACUUUCCACAAAUGGUUGGGUAGAAUCAUCAUGAUGGAAAUCUUCAUCCACGCAUUUGCUAUGGCCUCUCAAACCUAUGCGCUGGACAAGUUCACUCGUUUCGGUACUGACUGGUAUAGGGAAGGUAUUACUGCUUGUGUCUGUGCUGCUAUCAUCAUUGUUCUUGCGGCUGGACCAAUCAGAAGAUUCUACUACGAACUCUUCCUUGCCGUCCACGUUGUUUUGGUUGUCAUGUUUUUAUGGACUGCAUGGAGACACGCAUACUCACAAGAUUACCAGGACUUCUACUGGGCUUGUUGCGCAGUUUGGAUCUUUGACACUGUUGUUAGAUUUGUUCGUAUUGUUCUGUUUGGUGGUCCAAAGACCGCUGAAAUCGAGCUAUUCCCUGGUGAAGACGUCUUGAAGAUCACCGUUCCAGCGUCUAAGAUCCUCAAGGGUACUCCGGGCUCACACGCUUUCAUUCACUUCUUGACCCCAUUGAGAUUCUGGCAAUCACAUCCAUUCACUGUUUAUCCUUCCGAAACUCAGGAUAGUGCAGUCACUUUUACUUGUCGUGUCAAGAAGGGUAUGACCAAGUUCCUUGCCGACAAAUGCAAAUCAAGUGGCAAUAAUAAGAUUUCGAUGAAAAUCUGUGUUGACGGUUACUAUGGUGAGCAAUCACCAUACCACUUCUAUGACAAAACCGUUUUUAUUACUGGUGGUACUGGUAUUGCUGGUCCUUACUUCCAUGCUAAGAAGCUUGUGCAAAGCGAUUCAAACAGAGAAGUCAAGUUGUACUGGAGCGUCCGCACUUACGAAUGCAUUAGAUGGUUUGUCCCAGAAUUAUUAACAUUCAAAGAUACGCAGCUAAAGCCAGUAAUCUUUGUCAGUCAGCCAGAAAACAAUUCCAGCUCAACUUCAAGUGAUGACAAUGAAAAGAAGGAGUCUGAUGUCGAUUCCGUUGAGAAGGAUGAUAUUUUGAAGCAACUUGAUUUUGUUGAAAUCAAGCACGGUCGUCUGUCGGUUGCUGAGAUUGUGAAUUCAGAGAUUGCAAGUUCUACCGGCUCUGUUGCCUUUGGUGCAUGUGCUCACACACAGGUUGUUGAUGACGUUAGAAGAACCGUUGCUAACAGUUUAGACCUUUCUACUCAUAAAAUCGAGUAUUUUGAAGAAAUGCAAAGCUGGUAA